UUCCGGUGCGCCGAGUGGGGAAAAUGUGUCUACUUAUUCGCGUCAUAUCCGGCUCGAAUGGCAGCAGGAGUCUAAUGUUGAUUUCUGCGCAGUGCUAUUGGGAGGCUUCGGGUGCUGUUGCUGCAGCCGCUGAGGGUCAUCAUGUCAAAACGGAAAGUCACAUUUGAAGACCAAGGUGAUGAAGAUGAAGAGGAAAUGAGCCUUCCAAAGAAGAAGCUGGUGGAACCUGCUAUUGGAGGGCCAGGCAGCCGCUUUAAAGGCAAGCACUCGUUGGACAGCGAUGAGGAAGAAGAUGAGGAAGAUGAAGGGCAGGGUAGUAAAUACGACAUCCUUGCAUCAGAUGAUGUGGAGGGGCAGGAAUCUGCCACUAUUGAUUAUGAAGAUGGUAUCCGGAUCACCCCAUUUAAUUUGCAAGAGGAGAUGGAAGAAGGUCAUUUUGAUUCAGAAGGCAACUAUUUCUUGAAAAAAGAGGCAGUGAUUCGGGACAAUUGGUUGGACAAUAUAGACUGGGUCAAGAUAAAGGAACAGCCUCCUGGACAGAAGAAGUCACUCGGUUCUGCAGAUGACAAGGAAGAAGAUGAAGAUGAUGAUCUUGAGGUUGGCCGGACACCUUUGGAUAAGAAGGAGCUGCUGGAAAGGAUGGCAGACUUAAUGUUACCUGGGGAGACAGUUGCGAGAGCCAUUCAAAGGCUGGGAGACAAGGGUGGCCCCAGAAGCAGCGGUCGUCAGCGGAGGGCCUGGAGCCGCCUCAAAGCAGGCGAAGUUGAACCGGCUGAGGAAGACGAUCCCCAGAAGCCUGGGUCACCUGAGCGGAAAGAGCAGCUGGAACAGCUGUCCGGGCUGGCUGACCAAAUGGUGGCACGAGGAGUCUAUGAGAUCUACCAGGAGACCCGGGAGAAGCUGGCCCUGAGGCUUAGGGCGCUGCAGCAGCCUCCUGCAGCCACUUCCACUGUUGAACCAGAACUUGAUAUGUUUGCCGAGGAAAUCGAUGAAGCAAAGCUAGGGGAGAAGACAUCGGCAGCAGGAAGUCAGGCGCAUGAGGAGAGUGAUGACAACACGCCCUCUGAGGUGAUGUGGGAAUAUAAAUGGGAGAACACAAAUACAUCUGAACUUUACGGACCGUUCAGCAGCUCUCAGAUGCAGGACUGGGUAUCCCAAGGCUAUUUCCCUGAUGGGGUUUACUGCCGGAAGGCGGAUAAUUCCGAGGGCCAGUUCUACAAUUCCAAGCGCAUUGAUUUUGACCUCUACACAUGAUUGGAACCCACCUCCUGCCCUGCCAAGCACGAGGGAGAGAGUUCAACCCAACGGCAGACUGAAAGAACUUGCCAGACUUUGGGGGUGGGGGCAAGGGGACGGUGUGUGCAUUUGCAGAGGGGAAGACGGGUUUGAUUCACCAUUUACUUCUGAGGAUGUUUUGGGUUUUGUGAAAAAUAAAAUAACCUUAAAUUGG